UAUAUGUAGUUUAAUGGAGACUGCUUGCCGUGAAUUUCAAAUAGAUCGGUAUAAGUGGAGAACACUUACAACGGACAAUGCUAACAACAUGAAAGCAGCGUCACGUCUAUUUGUAGGAAAUGGCAAACACGUCUCUUGUUUUGCUCACACAAUUCACCUGGUUGUCGAUGAUGUGGUAAAAAAUAUUGCAUCGUUCUCAAAAGUUUUGGAUAAGGUGAAGAAAAUUGUUACUCAUUUCAAACACAGUCCUGCAGCCAUGGACAUGCUGCGAAAGUUACAGGCUGACGAAGGGAUAGCAGAAGGUUGAAUAAAAACUCUUGUCCAAAGUGUAGACACGAGGUGGAAUUCGUGUCUCGACAUGCUUGAUUCUUUUCUCAAACUUUCAAAUAAAGUAGCAUUGGUUUUAAUAAAACGAUCAACUUCUAUGAAGGGAUUGCCAGACAUGCUAACAGCUCACGAAAUAGAUAUAUGCAAAGACUUUUGUGAUUUGCUAAGUCCGUAUAAAAACGCAACAGAAAAAAUAAGCGGUAAAAACUACGUCACAGUUAGCAUGGUAAUUCCAUUAAUAUCCUUACUGAUAAAUAAAAUACGUACAUUGACUGUAGAAUCGGCUGAAGGAAAACUUACUAAAGAAACUCUACUAAAAGUUUCUGAAGACCGUUUUCAAUCUUUUCAAAACAACAAAACACUGGUGAAGUCAACAAUGUUGGACCCCCGGUUUAAAAAAUUAUAUUUAUCGCCGCUCAAUGCUCAAGAAGCUAUUCAAGACAUUAUCACCGAGGGAUCGGCAGACAUCACUGAAAAACGAAACUCAAUGGACAAUGGUCCAAACGGAAGACAACUUGAUGAGAUGAGGGAAGUAGAAACAAACGAAAGCUUCCUAGAGGCCCAUAAUAGAUCAAUUGCCAUAAAGCCAAAUACAGAUGCCAUGGAAAAUACAGAAAUAAAACUAUUUUUAAAUUUACCACUCGCUCCCUGGGAGACAGAUCCCUUCGAGUUUUGGAAAUCCCAGGGAAACACUUUACCGAAGUUAUCAAAAUUGGCCAUGAGUUACCUUAUAACACCAGGUAGCUCGGUUCCUUCAGAGCGGCUGGCCUCCGCCAUAAAAUGCGUUGUCUGCGACACGCGAAGCCGCAUGACAGAUGUUCAUAUAAAACAAAGAGUUUUUUUGAAAUCCUUAAAAAAAGAAUUUUGGAGGUAA